AGAUUUGAUCUCGCAAAGGAUGCUUACAGAGCUACUAACCAUAAAGACGAAUAUACGCAAAUGACACUCUGGCUUGAAAGACGCAAGAAGAUGUUAUGGCACAAUAAUUUUGUCCAAUGGCGCCUUGCUGGCGAUCCUCCUCCACAAGACAGGUUACCGCCCGACAUGGACUAUUGUCGCUCGAUCAAGAUGACAAAACACCCAACUAUUAGACGUGUUCCAUUGGAUAGUGUAGUUCGCGACUAUGGCGCCACUUUUUUCACUGAAGCAUUAGCUCGUUAUGUCGUUCGCACAAAUCAACCUGGCCUUUCUCCAGCGCAACUUGAACAAGAAGCUUCCCAUGUCAUCCUUCCCUUCCAGACUGUUGCCGCAUUCCAUAGGGUCAAGUUCCACGCAAUCAAUGCUCACGGACAUCGUGAUUCAACCGUUACCGUGGAUUCAGUGCACUGUCAGCCACCACGAAAGGACAAAAGAAGGCAGAUAGUUCCUGCGCGCUUCGACACGGUUUUAGUUAACGAAGAUGGUGGUGGGACGACAGGUGUUGAUGGGUAUCGUGUUGCACAAGUGCGCAUCAUCUUCACGCUGACAAGCCAGGCUACAGCUGCCUUAUUUCACACACCUGGAAUUUUGCCUACCCACUUUGCAUAUGUGGAAUGGUUCACGCCAUUCGGGCAGCCUGAAGCAAACCAUGGUUUGUAUAAAAUUUCCCGCCUCAUUCGUAAUGGAGAGCGUCUGGCAAGCAUCAUUGACAUUUCUGAUAUUCGCAGGAGUGUACAUCUUAUUCCAAAAUUCGGCCCUGUAGCACCUCGUGAAUGGACCAGUAGUACCGUUCUGGAGCUUUGUUCUACCUUCUUCGUAAACUCGUUCAGCGACAGGCAUGCUUAUUUAACUAUUAUCUGACUAGUACUAGAAUCAACUA